UUUCGCAAAUUUGAAAUCUUUGCACCUGGAGAGAGAGAGAGAGAGAGAGAGAGAGAGAGAGAGAUGAAAGAGCUUCAAAAUCCGAAGAACGAUCAACAUCCUCACGCAAAUCGCAGGUCCAAAUCCAUUGCCGGCUUCACCAAGAAGACACAGCAGAUUAGCAAAAAAUGCUUGGAUCCUGCGUUUUCAUCGGUCUCAGACGACGUCGCCGAGCUCUCUUCUACCUCGGAGGCUUCGGACGAUCAUCUACUCGUUCAAUCGGCGGAGAGCUCAAUCUUGUCACCUAGUCCAGUUAUUUCACCUUCACUAGAGACAGUUGCUCUGUAUGAUCUCUCUCCCAUGAUGUCUACUGUCACUGGAGAAGAAGAUGAACCAAACAGUUUCUCAGUCUUCCAUUCCGGAUUUGCCGAAUCAAAAGGCAAUGAUGAUAUCGUUCCCGUGGAGGCAGACAUGGUUGUAAAUCAUCUCAAGCUAGCUCGAACAAAACUUAUGAAUUCAACCGACAUUGAUGUCAGCUCUCGGAAGCUUUUGGAUGCUUUGAUCAAGACAGUGAUUGAGGAGUAUGAUGGUUUACACGAAGAGAAAGAUCAAUUUGCUGAAUUAGUUACGAUGAAAAGGCGCGUUGUGUUCGUGUGUGUUGUGUUGUGGAUCCUUCUUGUUUCUGUGAUAUUUCUCUUCAGAAGUUGUGGGGGACGGAGUUCCUUCAGUGAACCUCUACCGACAUGAAUCCCUCAAAUGGUGAAAACAGGAUAGGAUAUUUAAGCAGGACUCUUGGUAUGCAAUGAUGUAUCAUGUGAACUACCACAAUUAAGUAGUUUUACCUUGCUGAUCUUUCUUGAAUGCUCAAAGAUAAGUAGAUUACUCAAUUUACAAUUUCACACUAAAUUUGUGACCAACCUAUGUUUGGGGAUAGAUUGAUUGAUAUUGUCUGUCUGGUACGUUAAACUGUUUUACUUGAUUGUUAUCUGCUCCGUAUGUUCCUCUUUUAUCUGUCGGUGGACGGAUCACAGGGUCAAAUAUCAGCUGUAUCGGAUUCAUAAGUGAUUAAACAUGAAACUUUUCAUAAGUGAUUAAACAUGAAACCUAUGUUCGGUUUGGUUUUUGGAAAAAAAAUUCAACUAAAAAAAUACUCAUUACCUCUACUUCCAAUCAUUACUCUCCACUCAUUACCUCUAUCUCCAAUCAUUAUUCUCAUUUCUCUCUCUAUCUCUUUCCACUCAUUACCCCCACUUCCAAUCAUUAUUCUAUUUCUCUCUCCACUCAUAACUCCAAAAAAUUUCUAAAAACUCGUCCAAACACAGCAUAACUGGUGAAGGGCUUAGGAUCCAGAAUAACCAACGAGGAGUAGGUGCAAACUAAACCAUUUGAUGUGUAUUUGAAAGUCGGAAAAUUUGACACACAAUUUAAUUUAGGGUGGGAAUUCUCCCGGUUCGAGCCCUUUUUUUGUGCAGAACUCGGAAGACAUGGUAAAUACUUCUGUGGAGAUGAAAGACAUGACAGUGCAAUCAAAAUAUCAAAUUACCUAAUUUGGCCUUCCCGAAUGUAUGACACGUUGAGAUAGCAGAUUUGGUAGAGAUAGGUAAACAGCAAUCUUUUUCUAGAAGAGAUUUUAGUGUGAAGUUGUUCUUCAAAACCAAGAGUCAAUAACCUAAGCAAUUUGACAAAUCCUAUAUACUAGUUAAGUCACGGGUGAUGAUUAAUAAAACACAAGAGUUUAACUAUCAUUGAGGGGUGUCUUUAAUUACAUAAGUACCGAUUAACAAGUCGGUUAUAGUAUAAGUAAAUAUAGUCAAAGUUAGGCAGUCAAAAGGUGAUUCUUCAUCAAAGAAAGGAGGACUUAUUAAUCUACACCAUGUGCAAUGAGCAAGAAAAUAUGAAGUGGGUUGCUUUCACUGGUGUAGUAUCCACAUGCCUUGAACAGCUUAAAUAUGUCUUAUCCACUGGUUAGCUCCUUCAUAAUUCACUAAUUGUCCAUUUAAAUAUAAAGAAAGCAGACCAAACAAAGGUCAGAUAGGUUCUUUCAUGGAAGUUGUUAGGAAAAGGAUAAGGAGGAAUUUGAAUAGAUGAUUGGAACUGAAGGAAAGCCAUAUAAAACUCUUACUUAGGAAAGUGGUUAUUAGAGGGAGCAGGUAAGAACCUAAUUUGACAGCCUAAAAGAUCAUUAAUGGGGUCACUAAGUAGCUAGAAAUCAAAGUCAUAAGUUAAUCGCUUGUAAAUCUUCUGACAAAUCUCUUCUUCUUUUUUUUGGGUUUUUCGAGAGUGUGCUUAAAGAUGAUGAUUUGCUGGAAUCCACAAAGCCUCCAUCCAACUGUACUUAAAAGCCAUGAUUUGGCUGUAAUCCACUAGAUUUAGAGAUGUUUAAAUUGUUUGUCCGUGACGGACUUUUUUGUGGCAUGUGUUAAUUCUAUCUGAUGCUUCCCUCAACAAUUUGCUCUGGGUAUGGAAUUUACUUAUUUGUGGCAUGUGUUUACCUAAAUUUGAAAAGCAUGGUAUUCCAAAGCCAGAAACUUACCUUCUUAAUCAAGAUGUUUAAUGUGCUUGAACUUGGAUGAUGUCUAGUAUUAAUGCACCUAUAAUGGAAUAUGGAAUGCUUAGCUGUGAAAAUCUGGUACAGUUGGCUGAUGUUUGAUCCUUUCCUUUGGCCCUUGGCCAAUCACAGUGCUUUAGAUUAGAUUUAUUUAUUCACCAGCUAAUAAUGUCCCUGACGUUUCUCUUCCAAUUAUGCCCUUGACGGAUUAAGGCGAUUCAAAGUUCUAAUACAAACUUUUGCAUGCUGACC